AUGGGUGAAAUCAGCCGGCCGGUCGUGGGGUUUCCGCAGCAGCGAAGCCGCAGCCAACAGGCCGCUGACUGGUUCUACGACAAGACGCACCGACGGCCGGCGGUGACAGGGACGGGCACCACGAGUGUGGUUGAUCCAGCCGUCGACGCGGCUGCCGUCACCAUUGUCUGCAUCUCGGACACGCACAACACCAAGAUGGACCUGCUCCCACCGGGCGACAUUCUCGUGCACGCCGGCGACCUGUCGCAGUUCGGCACCUUUGACGAGGUGCAGGCGCAGCUGUCCUGGCUCGCCACGCUGCCGCACGCGCACAAGAUGGUCAUCGCCGGCAACCACGACCUCCUCCUCGACGGCGCCUUGGUCGCCGCCCAUCCGGACUGUGAGCUCGAGCGGCACGCCGGCCGGCGCCGCGACGAUCUGGCAUGGGGCGCCGUGCGGUACCUCGAGCUCGAGGCGCUGGACCUCGAGGUUCGGGGCAGAUCGGUUCGCGUGUUCGGCAGUCCCUGGACGCCGCGCUACGGCAACUGGGCCUUGCAGUACGGCCCCGGCGCGUCGCCAUCGUCGUCGUCGAUGUGCUGGGCGCACGCUGUGCCGCCCCGGACCGACGUCCUUCUCGUACAUGGGCCACCCAGAGCCCACCUCGACGACGGCGGCAAAGGCUGCGAUCAGCUGCUCGACGAGCUAUGGCGUGCCAGGCCCACCAUGGUUGUGUUUGGGCAUAUCCACGCCGGGCGGGGGAUCGAGUGGCUGCGCUAUGACUGGGCGCAGUCCUGCUACGAGGCUGUUGCCGCCGGGGCCGGGACGUGGCGACGAUGGCUGUCGUUGGUUGGGUUGGCCGUCUCCGUCCUCUGGCUCAUGGUCUCUGGCCUGUUUGCUGGCCUCACGAGCAAGAGGCAGCAAGCCAGAGGUACGCUGUUGGUGAAUGCUGCCGUCGUGGGAGGGCCGGGGAGCAGGGAGCGCAGGCAAGCGAUUGUUGUCACGAUGUAG